UUGAAGUGGUGUGAAACCCUGCUAAAGCCAGCUGUCAAUUGUCGAGCAGAGAAUGAUAUGACUUAUAUUUAAUUUUCCUAUUUAUUAUUUAUACGUGUUUUUUUGCGAAAGCUAUGGCUACUAAACUAAACGUAAAUAUCAGAACUCUUCUAUCGAAUUGUGAGGAGUUGGCAAAGGAUGAAGCAAACUACUGGAGGCUUAAAAAAUUUAUAAAAUCCCUAGACACUAUGAUAGAAGAGCUUAAGGAUCACGACGACAUUAGCAGUAAUCUAAAAAUUCCAGAUUAUACAAAGCGGCUAAAUGCACUCAAAAUCCUUACCAACUACUUUGACAGCCCACCGCCGGUAAAGAGCUUGCGCUCAAAACUACGACCAGCACAUGAAACAGGUGACGAUGCUCUUAAAGAAAUGCAACAACUUCAAAGCUCCAAGCACUACGCAGAUUUACGGAAAGAGUUACUAAAUGAAGAUCAACUGCGCCGACGAAGACCGGAUGAAAGUGCAACUAAUGCAAGUGGCAUGAAUGAAGCAGUUAAAUAUUAUAAUGAAGCUCAAGAAAAAAUUACGGAACAUAUGCUCUCGCUUACGCGGAAUUUGAAGGAGCAGACAGAGACUGCAAAUCGCAUCAUUAAAAAGGAUACCGAAAUUGUAUCAAAAUCUACAAGUAUGGCUGAUCGCAAUAUUAAUUCACUAAAUAAAGAAACGGAAAAGUUAGCUGAGCACUCUCGGAAUGCAUGGAAGUGUUGGAUGUGGCUUAUGUUUGCAUUUGUGAUUACUGUAUUCAUUGGCAUGGUUUUAUUCAUGAAAGUUAUGAAAAAGAAAAAAGUGUGAGCUGUUAAGUACUCGUGGACUAAUUUCCAUCAUUUAUGUGCAUUUGAAAAGUGCGUCUAUAAUUAAGAAUAAUUUUUAAAUAAACCUAGAUAAUAGAGUUGAAUUAAAAAUUACUUCAA